CUUGCAAGAAGUGAAGGGCGAGUGUUGAUUGUGUAGCCUCACGUCAGUCAUUUGUCUUGCAGGAAGAGACUAGCUUGGGUGUGCAACCUGUCGUCAACACGAGCUGGAGUGAGGAUCAUGGCAAAGGCAUUUCUUUCGACUUCCCCUUACUUCGCUGCCUAUCCUCAUCUUUGACGUAAUAUUAGUUUAAUUUUACAUCUCUCUGCACGAGUUGCAGACAUCUUACAAGUUUCACUUCGCCUUUUACCUAAUUUGUUUGUUUGUUCAUAUGUUCAUGAAAAUUUCUGUAUGAAAUUGUGACCUGUAUAGAUCAUCUUGCUCCGUUCGAUGCAUCCAGCUGAUUAAAUCAUAGUUUUUAAACUAAAAUACUCUGACACCAGCAUCACACUACUACGAGUUCGUGUGGGCAGCCAGGACGCAGGAGACACAAACGACCGAUACCCGAAUGAGAUUGCCCAGUGAAGCACUGUGCUUCACACUCCUCGCAUGCACUUCGUCUCUUCGCGUCACCAGCACUAACCAACAGCAGCACAUUCGCUACCCUACACAACACCAGCGUCUUCCCUCAGUCACCCUUCAAGGAAAACCACCUGCAGAUGAUAAUGUCAGCAGCGCAUCCGCUCACAAGACAUGGGUUAGCAAGCAUGAUCUUGAUGCUCCCUGGGAAACACGAAGUCAAGGCCAAAGACAGGCAGACUCAUACGAGCUUUUAAGUUUGGGGAAUACAUCCACCAGAAGCGAAUCGGUGAACAAGCGUGAAAAUGAAAUAUCUUGGAUGAGAAAAAAUACACGGUCACAUCCAGCAGAGAUGGCAGGGAACAAACGAGAGACUAAAGUCUCAGCGUUAUCCUCCACGCUACCUGAUAAGGACCACGCUUCCGUAACUUCAAAAAUUCAGACUUCUGACCUCGACCUAGUUAUCCCUGUAACAGUCUACAAUGCCUCUGCAACAAACUUUGAUGACGUCAAGAUCAGAGCAGGAGUCGAGGUGGUAACAAACGCCUUUUAUGACUCCAGCUCCACCAUCUCCUGCUCCUGUUAUAAAUCAGAACCCUGCAAGAACCAGGAGACUGGCAACUCCUAUCGCAUCUACGAGUUGACAAGGAAAGUGAGUGUUAGUGAGGCGGUAGAGUACGUGGACUCUGAGGUGUGUGUAGGGCAGGAGAGAAGAGUGGGUAUCGAGAGUGCAGAAGAGUUCAACUUCCUGCUAAAUUGUUUACUCUGCAACAUUAAUACCAACUUUGGAGCAACGAAAAACAAGACUAACAUAUUGACAUCUGGCAUAAUGAGCGUCAAGACCCAUUACGAGACACCUGUGGAGGUCCUCACCCACCAUAAUGGAAUGGGGUGGAACACAUCAGUGGACCAUAAGAUACCUUCAGAAGUCGUCCUGCUGAACAAGAGCACUGGUCUCCCUGAAGAGAAUGCUAGGGUCCCUCCAGGAACCUACACUCUCCUCCUCCUGGGCAACAACCAGCAAAUGUGCAGUGAUGACAAUGACACCUACAGGAGAUGGGGUCUUCUUUCCUACAAGGCGAAGAGUCCAGAUUAUGUUCUCUGUGAGACCCCCUCGAGUACGACCACCUUUACAACAACCACCACCACCUCUCAGACAACCACACCAGUGUCCCCAACACCUACGACAACUACUGGUGCUGCCACUACAACCUCCUCCACCACCACCACCAGUACAACCACUGACGAGGGGUGUUGCCAGAUGCUGCAGGAGAGAGAAACACCAGGCAACACACAGGCUGCUGCAACACCAGGCAACACACAGGCUGCUGCAACACCAGGCAACACACAGGCUGCUGCAACACCAGGCAACACACAGGCUGCUGCAACCUUCAAUAUUCCUCUGAUAUACUCCGGGAACUACUCCGCUGUGACGAUCGCAGAUCAGGUCAAGAACAACACAGGUCAACACCAGCAGAUGACCUACAACGACCUGAACACUCUUAAUACAGUAGUUCACAACCUCAGCAUUCUCUGUCAACACCGGAUGCAGGGAGUGGAGGAGGCUGAGGUGCGCGUCUCACUGGCCAAGAACUACACUAGUAAACUGGUGGCAAUUACCGGUGAUGUCAUCACUGUUUCCACCUCCUGGUCAUCACUCACCAAGGAGGAGGCAGGUCAGCUGGGGUCACCACUACUCAGUAAUCUGGAGAACUCAGGUUUCAUCUUGGCCGAGCAGAUGACCCAGGAUACAGUGACCUUCCUUGACCCACAGCUCAACAUGACGGUCCUCUCCAUGCCCAGGGGUGAGCUUUCAGGGGCAGAGUUGUUCUUCCCAGGGGUGGAAGCAUCCACCUACCUCCACCUGCCGAAGAAUUUUGAGUCACUGCUGCCGGAGGGAGAGACGCAAGCCAGGAUGGUGGGGUUCAUCCUGAGGCAAGAUGCAGCCUCCAGGGUCUUGCCAGCCUCUCUCAGCAGGAGUGUGCCUUAUGCCGAGUACAAGGUCAUCAACAGUGCCGUGGUAAGCAUGAGCCUGGGAGAGUCAGGUCACACCAUCAACUUCACCUCGCUGGAAGAAGGAGUCAUCUUUCGUCUCUACCACACUCAGCAGGAAAGUGGGCCCUACUUCAGAGAUCUAUACAGAGAGAGGAGAGAGGGUGAAGCAGCCACACCUGUUCCUGCUACUGCUCGUUGUGUCUACUGGGACAGUUACUACAGCAUGUGGGCACCGGAGGGCUGUGACCUGGUCAAUACCACCAACGAGGUCACUUACUGCUGGUGUCAACAUCUCACCAUGAUCGCCAUCCUUACUGACAUUCACCACUACCUGGGUCGUGAUGCCACGCUGGACACUCUUGGCACUGUCCUCACCACCGCCUCCUGUGUCUCCCUGUGUCUGGCCUUCUGUAUCCUCCAGUCUAUCAAGAGCCUGGGAAGUGCUCGCACCAGUAUCACCAAGCAUCUGUGUGUCACUCUUGGCCUCUCACACCUGCUACUGCUGCUCCUUCUGGAUCCAGACUUCCUUAAACUUUCUAAGCGUGAGUGUGAAGCCUCAGCCGUGGUGCUCCACUACUGUCUCACUGCUAGUCUCUGCUGGAUGCUGGGUGAAGGGAUUCAUCUGGUGUACACCAUCCAUCACCUGCUCUCCCAGACACGAUACAUGCCAGCCUACUGGGUGGUUGGGUAUGGCGUACCAGCAGUGGUAGUGAUGGUGACGCUGCUGACGUCGUACAGCACACAAGACUGGUUGACGCAGACAGCUUACGCUCCUCCACACGCUGAAUAUUGCUGGCUCAACACUGAUGGAGGCUACAUAUGGGCCUUCACCGGACCCCUGGUGAUGGUGAUUGUGGUCAACACGAUAAGCAUGAUCCUGGCACUGAGGUCAGCAGCUGUGCUGAAGGCCAACAAGCAGAAGACUUUAACGCAGCAAGUAAGGUUGUGGGUGAAGGGAAGCUUCUCACUCAACUGUCUACUGGGAGUAACUUGGGUGUUCGGUCUCCUCUACAUUAACACUGGCCACGUCUUUGCUUACCUCUUCACCAUCCUCACUGCCUCCCAGGGUGUGAUGAUCCUGGUGUUCCACUGUCUGGUGAACACAACGGUGAGAACUGCUGUUAUCUCCCGCUUACGCAAAAUCUUCAAGUACCUGCCGACGAAGUCGAAGACAUCUACUUCAAAAGGCACUUUAGCUAAGAGACAGUCUUGUGCUCCUGCCAAGGCCUCCAGCGAUCUUCAAGACGACUCCCGAACUCACCAGCAACCAUCAACCCUCCAACGCCAGCACCCAUCAACCCUCCAACGCCAGCACCCAUCAACCCUCCAACGCCAGCAUCCAUUACUCCUUCAUCACCGCAGUCGUGGCGCUUGCCAACACAGCGACGAUGUCCAACACCACGACAGCUGUCGCCAACAUUGCUUCGCCAACGAUCGCCAGAAGUGCUUCCCCAACAUCAAGUAUCAUUGUUCCUCCAUCGUUAGCCAAUAUUCAUCCAGCAUUCAUCAACGCGGCUGCAUCAACGAUCCUCAAUGCACUACAGAGGACAGCCAACAAUACUCCAACGAUGGCUACCAGUACUCUACCAACGAUCACGAUCAGUACUCCACCAACGAUGGUCAACAGUGCUCUACCAACGAUGGCCACCAGUACUCUACCAACGAUGGCCACCAGUACUCUACCAACGACGGCCACCAAUACUCCACCAACGAUCGCCACCAUUACUCCCCCAGGGUGGCACCAGUGCCACUGAGUGGCUCACCUGAGGUGAGCCAGAGAGCCACCCGUGCUGCCAGUGACUGGUCCAACAUCACACAGUUCACCUAUAUUUCGGACUGCCCCAACAGUGAGAACUCGUCAGAAAGAAGAACUUCGUUCGAGUCGUGUACUUCAGAUGACUCCUUCACGUCCGGACCCCCUUUAGGGCCCUCUCGACCAUCCAUGGGAUCUUCUCGGGGCCCAGUACCUCCACUGGUGACACUACAGGCCCCACAAGACGACAGAUUGUGGGAGCCUGACAACCAUCGCUACGUACCAGAGAUUGAAACCAUCUUGGAGUGUGAGGAAAGAAGCCCUCGCUCUGAGAACGCUAUUAACUUCUUUUAGGGAAUCCGUUGUAUAACUCCUUCUUGUUUAGUUUAAUUAUUAUUUUUCUGUUUGCACAUGAAACUGUAAUGAACGCUGGUCAGUAGCACCAACGGACUCACGUAUGAGGAAUUAGAUAUGUACAAACCAUACCACGGGUGGGGUUUGAACCCGCGGUCAGAGAGUCUCAAAACUCCAGACCGUCGAGUUAGCCACUGGGCCAGCUAGUGGUCAGAGUGUCUCAAAACUCCAGACGGUCUGGAGUUUUGAGACACUCUGACCGCAGGUUCAAACCCCACCCGUGGUAUGGUUUGUUUGCAAUCGUGUCAUUACGAUUUCGUGAGUCAAUUAGAUACGUGUGCAACACCUGGGUAUCGUUAUUUGAAAACUUUUAGCCAACCAGUGGCUUUAUCAACUCAAUACAGAGUAGUAGACGAGAUAAACAUUGCUUCAGCCUCUGCAAAUUUGUACACAGAAGGCAGUGGAUGAUCAGGCAAUCAUGUCGUAAAGGGUUCUUAAGUGGAGUGAUGGUGAAUGAUAACUCACCGAGACGGUUAUACUAGUAUAUUUAGUAUAUAUGUGGUAAAAAGCCCAGCCUGCAGUCUGAUGUCGUGACAACCUUGAAGGUACAUGACUGACUGCCAGGGUACGCCCUCAUUCAACUCAGCCUCACAGCGGGGCAGCAUCAUAGCAAGGUUCAAACAAUGCUGAUAUAACAGUAUCUGAAAGGCCCGUGGCAUCAUGGGUAGUAUAUUUUAAAUAUGCUGACAGCUCGGCGACACUUCAAACUUCUCAGGCUCUGGGCUGAUUUUAUACAAUACUAGAAAAUGUUAUACACAAUAACAUAGGGUAUAUUUGAAUAUAAUUAGGACAUACUUAAAUGAAAUUGCUGAUAACUGAUUGUAAUGCAUUACAAAUUAUGAUAAAUCAUAAAUCAUGGUGGAUCACAGAAUUAAUGAGAAUAUAAGUAAACAAGAGAAUUCGAAUCGAUUGUUGUUUACGUGAUCUAUGGAUUCUGUGAGCUGUAUAGCCCUUGUGGCUUAGCGCUUCUUUUUGAUUAUAAUAAUAUGGAUUCUGUGAAAAUUUAUUUACAAAGGAGAAAGUGUUUAACAGAUAAGGCAAACUUGGUGCACACAAGUCUUUUACUGUUAAAUCUCAGAGAGAACGUGAACAUUUAUAUAAAAAAAAUUUUGAUCCACAAUUAAAUUGAUAUAUUUUAAGACUACACGCACAGUUGAGUACUUUCUUGAACUAUACUAAUCAUCUAUACAGGUUAUUUACAUAUAACCCCAACUCUGCUGGGGUAAAAUUUAUAUAUGCAGAGUGGUUAUCAAAUUCUGUUGACACUGGUAACACAAAAAUCAGUCCCUCAGCCUAAAAGCCAGUGUUCAGUACCUUAGUCUUGUGCUGAGGUAAUUAGGUCACGUGAAUUACAGAGUGUAUCUAAAUGGUAUAAAAUACCAAGUUGAUAAAAUAAGACAUAGGGGAAACAAUCGUUACCCAAGCAUGCAGACGAAUAUAACAGUGGAGACAGUAGAAGUAGUCUGGAGGUAAUCAGUCCAUCAGUGGUCAGGCCCUCGAGUCUGGCUUGAGGGACUGACCACUGAGCACCAAUAAUAAUACCCCCAUUGUUGCACACGUGUCUCCAGUUUCAACACCAAGUAUCUCUAUAUUGAAUUGAUUAAGCCAAUGGUUGGCGAAACGUUACACUAAAGAUGCCCAGGUGUU